AUAACAUAUAAAUGUGUUGGAAGAAUUUAAUGUACACAAUUCAUAUUUUCAAUCGAAUUUGAUGUAUAUAUGAUUACCGAAGAAUAAUAUAGUUGAAAUAUGAAUUUUGCAUGCUAAAUACUAUUUUGAAUUUUGAAAUUUUUUAUUUUUUUUAUUUCUUAGUUACAAUGUAAACGAUUGAGAUUUUGUUAAGCAUUGAAACACUAUACGCCUGAAUUUCAGAAUUUGAAGAAGAGAUGAUUAUUCUCCAUUAAAAUUUUAGUCGAGAAAUGAUGGAAAGCAAAACACAAAUUCCAGAAAUGGCAGCGAUUUCUUCUCACUCUUCUUCACUCUGCUUCGACUCUUCUUCUCUCUCCUCCAAAACUUCCUCUUUCUCCGGCAACCCUCUUCGCCGUUUCUCCGCCACCUUCGCCUCGUCGUCUCCGAUUAGUCGCUGGAAAAUCAGUUGUCAGACUUCUUCUCUUGCUGCCUCUCCUGCAUCUGUUGAUGCUCAAGCAAAAACAGCCAAAAAGGAUUUUCUGCACAUAACUGAUUAUGACAAGGCUACAAUUUUGAAGAUCUUAGACCGCGCAAUCGAGGUUAAGGCUCUACUCAAAUCAGGUGAUAGGUCAUAUCAGCCAUUCAAAGGGAAGAGUAUGGCUAUGAUAUUUGCAAAGCCAUCCAUGAGAACAAGAGUAUCGUUUGAGACAGGUUUUUUCUUGUUGGGAGGUCAUGCAAUAUACUUGGGACCAGAUGACAUUCAAAUGGGAAAGCGAGAAGAAACUCGAGAUGUUGCUCGUGUACUCUCCCGCUAUAAUGACAUCAUUAUGGCCCGUGUUUUUGCACAUCAGGAUAUUAUUGACCUAGCUAAGUAUGCAACCGUACCUGUGGUCAAUGGCUUGACGGAUUACAACCACCCUUGUCAAAUAAUGGCCGAUGCUCUGACUAUGAUUGAACACAUUGGUAGCAUAGAAGGAACAAAGGUCGUUUAUGUUGGAGAUGGGAACAAUAUUGUGCAUUCUUGGUUGCUAUUGGCAGAAAUUAUCCCUUUCCAUUUUGUCUGUGCCUGCCCAAAGGGAUUUGAACCUGAUCAGAAGACGGUGCAAAAGGCUCAACAGGCUGGCAUCAGCAAAAUUGAAAUAACAAAUGAUCCCAAAGAAGCUGUUAUUGGAGCAGAUGUAGUUUACUCAGAUGUUUGGGCAAGUAUGGGACAGAAGGAAGAAGCCGAACAUCGUAGAAAAGUUUUCCAAGGAUUUCAGGUGGACGAGGCUCUUAUGAAAUUAGCUGGACCAAAGGCUUACUUCAUGCACUGUUUGCCAGCUGAGAGAGGAGUAGAAGUUACUGAUGGGGUCAUUGAGGCUCCCAACUCAAUUGUUUUCCCUCAAGCUGAGAACCGCAUGCAUGCUCAAAAUGCUAUAAUGCUACACGUGCUUGAUGCCUGAAGACAUUUUUAGAGCUUUUGCUGCAUUGGUAGUCUGAUCAUCUGAUGUCUUUUAGCGGUGUAAGGUAGAACUUGUAGAUUCAGAUUGUUCUGCAUGUUACGUAUUUGCAAAGGAGGGAUUAAAGAUUUGCUUAAAAUAGCCGUACUCCCAUCUAAAAGUUGUGACAGAAUUUUCAGGUGGAAUGACAUGAGAAGAGAAGAAACCAUUUAUUUCCUAAAACUAAUACUACGUAAUCUUUCUCCACUAUUUUU